AUGGCGGCCCCAUCAAUAACGGUAUUCCCUACCCGCAAGAUCUCCAAGAUCAACCGAAACAUCUACUCGGGCUUCACGGAGCACAUGGGUCGGUGCAUCUAUGGCGGGAUAUAUGAUCCCACAAAUCCCUCCAAAGACCUGGUCGACUCUGAGGGGUUUCGAAAGGACGUGAUCGAGGCCCUGAAGCCGCUCGACAUCCCUGUCUUUCGGUACCCGGGAGGAAACUUCUGCGCCACAUACCACUGGCAGGACGGGAUCGGGCCGCGAGACCAGCGGCCCUCCCGACCGGAAUUGGCGUGGGACAACAUCGAGACGAACCACUUCGGCACGGACGAGUUCAUGGCGUGGUGCAGGGCUGUGAACGCCGAGCCCUAUUUGUGUCUGAACUUCGGGACCGGCACGCUCGACGAGGCCAUGGCGUGGGUCGAGUACUGCAACGGCACCAAGGACACCUAUUGGGCAAACCAGCGGCGGAAAAAUGGCCACGACGCGCCGUACAAGGUCAAGUACUGGGCGCUGGGAAACGAAGUGUGGGGGCCGUGGCAGGUCAACCAGAUGACCCAGGAAGCAUACGCCGAGCGCGCCCUCCAGUGGGCGAAGGCGUUGAAGCUGCUCGACCCGAGCAUCGAACUCAUCCUGUGCGGCAAAGAGGGGCCCUCAAGCUGGGACUAUUAUACGCUGAAGUACUGCCUGCAGCCGGCCGGGCUGAGCGACCUGGGCGAGGAGCGCGUGCCGCUGAUCGAUAUGCACAGCAUCCACUUGUACACGGCGAGCACCGACCAUUACGAGAACAUGACGGCCCCGCUGGCCGCGGAGCGCAACAUCGAAGUGUGCUCGGGGCUGAUCGAUUUGGCCUUCGUCGAGAACAAGAUCCCGCCAGGCCAGAAGCGGCCGACUAUCUGCUUCGACGAGUGGAACGUGUGGCUGCCCACGCGUGCCGUCGGCAGCAAGGGCGCCGAGGAGACGUACACGCUCUCGGACGCGCUGGCUGUGGCGGUGUGGCUGAACGUGCUGGUGCGCAAGUCCAAGGAUGUAGGGAUGGCGUGCAUCGCACAGAGCGUCAACGUCAUCAGCCCCCUGAUGACCACGGAGACGUGCAUCAUCAAGCAGACGACCUGGUGGCCCUACGAGCUGUUCUGCCGCUUCAUGAAGGGCCACCAGAUCGCCGUGCACCUCGAAUGCGACGCCUACACGGGACCGACGAGGCCGGAGUGGGUGAGAGCCCUCAAACCGACGCCGUGGCUGGACGUGAGUGCCACGCUCGACGACGAGGGCUGGGUCAACCUUUGCGUGGUCAACAUCCACGCCGAGCAGGACCUCAAGACGACUCUCGGAGGCGUGGAUGCCUCGUCAUAUGGUGAGGUCUACACGGUCACGGGGGCCAAUCUCAACGUCACAAACAUGGAGGGCAAACAGGAGGUCGCGUUGCAGAAGUCGGGAUGGGAUCCCAGCAAGUCCUCGACGUUCGUCUUCCCCAAGAGUUCUAUGACGAUGCUGAGGUGGAAAGCCUUCUAG